AUGAAAACGGCUGCGAAGAGUGUUUCAGAAACGUCUACAGUUAUAAAUCCUGGUCAAACAAGAGUGCCAGCAACUACGAUUUCAUUUGAUGGGACCUGGCAUAAAAGGGGUCAUUCUUCCCAUUUUGGUGUUGGUGUGGUUAUUGACUGUAAGACAGGUUUCGUCUUAGAUUACCAAGUCCUCAGUAACUAUUGCCAUGGAUGCGAGGUAGGGUUAAAAUCUGGAGAUGAACAGUAUUUGCUUUGGAAAAACAAGCAUCAAUUAAAAUGCCAGCAAAAUUUUCAAGGAAGCGCAAAAGCAAUGGAGGCUGAAGCAGCAGUAACAAUAUUCAGAAGAUCAGUCCAGCACCGUGGUCUUGUGUACAGCAGGAUGCUGUGUGACGGAGAUGCCAGAUCUCACCAGUUGAUCAACACAAAAGGAAUAUACGACUUUGAAGUCAUAAAAGAAGACUGUAUUAAUCACAUCAGCAAACGUAGGUUCAACGCCCUAGAGAAUACCAAAAACAGCAACAAGAAAGAACUGAACAGAAAACUCACGAAAACAAAGAUAGAAAAAAUCACCAACACAUAUGCAACAAACUUAAAGCAGAAUGCACCCGACACAGAGCAAGUGCAGAGUGAUGUCUAUGGUGGAAUUUACCACAUGCUCAGCACCGACGACAACCCACAACACCAUCUCUGCCCCACUGGCAUCAGUUCAUGGUGCCACUUCCAACGAGCCUUGGCAACGAAAGAAGAGCCGCGCAAGCACACACCAACCAUAACAGAGGAUGUUGCAAAAUUUGUGUGGCCAGUUGUGGAGAGACUGACUCGACCAGAUGUUUUAAAACGAUGUGUGUCCAUGCAAACGCAAAAUGCCAACGAGUGCUUUAACUCUUUGAUUUGGUCACGCUGCACCAAAACUCGAUUCGCGUCGUUGCGGUCUGUCGAAACGGCAACAGCUCUCUCAGUCUUGGCGUUUAACUGUGGUCCUUCUGGGCUCUUCGCCGUUUUGGAAGCCUUGAACAUUCCAGUAGGAGGAAGCCACCACAAGCACCAAGCCAGGAAAACCGGUAACAAGCUAAAGAGUGCCAUGAAGUGCAGGAAACGUGCAUCAAAAUGGGGUCGCAAAGACCAAAAGGGACAGCGACUCCAGCUUGAGAAGAAGAGACAGCAAGAAGAGGGUGAUCUGUAUGAAGCAGGGGCCUUCAAUCUGUGAACCGUCAUAGUGGACGAGACAUCUUAGCAUCAUUUUGAUGUCAGUAGAUUCAUGUUCAGUACAAUUUUAUGUAAAGGACCGUGUAUCCAUUUAUGUAUUUUUCAAAU